UCUCUGAACAAAGCACUACCGCCAACGCCUGGGCCAGAUGCUUCCGACCUAACCACUUUACUUAUUGGCCCUAAAAAGCGCCGGUUCAAAGUCAACCACACGCUACUUUGCGAAGUCUCUCCAUUUUUCCAGGAACGCCUUGAAGACCCUUUCCAUUCAAAAACAGUCUCAUUAUGGCUUCCCAGUGAGUCGCCUGCCAUGUUUGGCCUAUUCGUUGAGUGGGUACACUCUCCAGAAACAUUCAGCGACUAUCUCGACAACGCAAUCAGCUCGGCCUUCAAAAACAGAGAACAGGCGUCACUCGAUAUUCACUGGGCAAUCAUUCAUCUCCAUCUCUUUGCCUCGCAACUCGCUCUAAGCUAUCUGCAAGAUGCUUCUAUGGAUGCCAUCCAGGAUCUGUACCUCAAGUACGACUGGGAUGUACCGCCGAAACUCAUCAUUUACCUUUACACCGAAUGCGAGGCAGAGCCUUCGAUCCGUCUUCGCCGCUGGGCAGUCGCCAUGGUGGCAUUUCGCCUGGCUGUUGGUAGCCAGCUCAAGUUUCCAGAACAAGACUCAACAAAUCUGGACCCGACUCAGUUUUACGCACUUUUCCAAUCACUUUCCGAGUUUUCGGCUGAUUACGCCCAACAUAUCAAAUACAUGAAGGAAUCUGGCCAUGAUGUUCAACUCAAGAACCCACAACUCCGUAUGCCGGAAAAUGAAGAGAGCAGCGAUAGUUUUGGAUUUCGACAAUGUUCGUUUCAUUCACAUAGCUCCGAGGUUGGUGAGGGUCCAUGCCCU